GGUCUCGGGCUAAAGCUGACAAACCUCCGGCUUCAGCUGUGAUUGGUCCUCGUUUGGAGAAGCUCAUGGGUUCACUCCGCUGUUAAGCGCCUCCCCAUUUCUCUAAACUACAUUAUAAUGCAACGAACCUCCCUUUUAACCACAAACCGAAUUUGCUUUCAUUUACUCUAUAUAUAUAUAUUUCUUAAAUAGGUUAAAGUCGUAGAGAUCUUUUUUAGUUGGGAAUAGCACUUCGCGCCGCAGCGGUGCGCGAUGCUUUCUCACGCCGACCUGCUGGAUGCUCGCCUCGGUGAGUUAUCAUCACCAAACUCCGGUCUUCAACUCUACUGGAUGAAGGAUGCCGCCGCGGAGCUGCUGGGCCACAGGGAGGCUCUGAAGUGCAGGCUCGGCGGAGGGGGGCCUGAUCCCGGGCACUCCGGGGGGGAGCUCGGCCCGGGCCCGGACGGCGUGGAAGGAGCCACGAUGCUCCCGGGCGACGACAUCAGCGGCGGCGGCGGCGGCGGCGGAUCCAACGCGGUGCAGGUCAACAGCAAAGAGCAGGAGAAGCAGCAGCAGAACAACAACAACAACAACAACAACCAGUCCGGAGGGGGGCAGCAGAGCCAGAGCCAGAAACAGAAGCGGCACCGGACCCGGUUCACACCGGCGCAGCUCAACGAGCUGGAGAGGAGCUUCGCCAAAACGCACUACCCGGACAUCUUCAUGCGGGAGGAGCUGGCUCUGAGGAUCGGGCUCACGGAGUCCAGGGUGCAGGUCUGGUUUCAGAACCGACGCGCCAAGUGGAAAAAGCGCAAGAAGACCACCAACGUGUUCCGGUCCCCGGGAACGCUGCUGCCGACGCACCACGGCCUGUCCCAGUUCCCGUCCGCGGCGGCGGCCGCGGCGGCCAUGGGCGACAGCCUCUGCUCCUUCCACGCCAACGACGGCCGCUGGGCCACGGCGGGGAUGCCCGGCGUGUCCCAGCUGCAGCUGCCGCAGGCUCUGGGCCGCCAGCAGGCCAUGGCGCAGUCCCUCUCCCAGUGCAGCCUGGGCGCCGGGCAGCCGCACAACUCCAUGGGCCUGUCCAACAUGUCGAACGGCUCCGGGCUGCAGUCGCACCUCUACCAGCCCACUUUCCCCGGGAUGGUGUCCGCGUCCCUGUCGGGCCCGACCAACAUGACCCACUCGCCGCAGCUGUGCAGCUCCCCGGAGAGCGAGGUCUGGAGAGGGACAAGCAUCGCGUCGCUGCGCCGCAAAGCGCUGGAGCACACAGUAUCCAUGAGUUUCACCUAGAGACGCGGGGGCCACGAGCGGGGAAGAUCUGUUGUUGUUUUUUUUUGACACGAUGCGUUUAGUUAUUUUGCAUCCAAUCCAAACGGCGCACCGGGAGAAAUGCAACCAGGAUACUUGAUCCAAUAAGAAAACGCACAGCAUAUCCGGUAUUUUUAUUUCCUCCCCAAAUCACAAACAAGUCGGGGACCCCGAAGCGAGUCACCGGGCCUGUUGGGCUUCAUCCAGCCUCCAAAUGGUUCUCUUAUAAGCUAUAAUUUAUUAUUAAGCAUGUGUGGCAACUAUUUAUUUAUCUAUUUAAAUUAACUUAUUUGUUCUGUAUUUAUUUAUUUAUUCGGCACAUGCGGCCCUCAGUGAACGGUGACUGACAGUUUUUUGUGAAGACAAAUUCUGGAGAUACUUUGAAAUACAAAAAACAACUCGGUUCUGAUGCCUUUCCCCCCCCCUGCUGCACAGCACGCGCCUCUGGGGGGGGGAGGGGGGGGGGCACAGUGGCCCUGCAGACACCUGGAGGUUAAAGGAACUAGAAAGAUUCACCUGGAAUCAUCGUGGAGGAGGACUUGACUGCAUGUGCUGUCCAAGGCAACAAAAAAAAAGACAAGGGAAAUACUAUAAAUUAAGACACGGAGGCGGAAUUAACUAUAAUCUGUUAUAUAGGAUGUUUUGUGUAGCGGAAGCACUCUUGUUCCCAUUUGGUCAGUUUGUGAUAACUUCUGUUUCCAACAAGUAUGUCUGUGCUUAUUAUGAAAUUAUGACUUUCUUAAAUGUUUGAACCAUUUUGUUUCAUGAACAUGUUUAUAUCAAUUGAAUGUAAAUUAUCAAAUAAAAAUCAUUUUCAAUUAUGUCACA